AUGUUGGAUCCGUUUAGGCUCGUCAUUGGGUUGGCUGUAAGCGAUGAUGGUUUUUCUGGUAGUUCGGGCGCAGUGGUGGAUGUUCCCGUAGAUGCUAAAGACACAACAGAAUCGCCUGUUGAGUUUGAUGUGGUGGACGCGGUCGAAGUGCCGGUUUCCCACGGCUUAGGACGUGCUGUCGUCAUGGUCGUGAGAUUUCUGCGUUCAGAGGCCCUUGGGCCUCCAGGUCCCCCUAAUACUCCAAUGACCUACGCAACUACAAGCCAUGGAAUUGUGGUUGCUCCAGAGCGCGACAAGAACCAAGAAGAAAGGCUUGCUAGAGCGUUGGAGAUCAUAUCGAUGUCCAUGCUGCCACCGAGACACACAUUGGACGAUCUUCGUCAAAGACUAUACGCUUGGCUGAUUGGCAAAGACAAGAACGAAGAAAUUACUCUUCAACAAGUGAGGGAAGUACCGAGAUGGAAGCGGUUCCUAAUCUACUUGCUGGGACCUCCAUUGGACAUGUUUCGAAGCUUUAGUCAGUAUUUCAUUUUGGAAGCCCAUAUCUUGUACAAUAUCCCACUGCUAAUGGUUUCUAUUGCAACAACGCCGCCAUUGAUAUUCUACGUGAUUGGAUUUGUUCUAUUUUGGAUCAAAGUGAUUUACGAGCUGUACAGAGACAUUGUGCACCGAGACGAUCCGAUCCACACUUCUUUUCUGAGCCGCGAACUAGCGCUGAUGGCGACUGUUUCUGCGUCGUACGGAGUGGUGAUGAAGUUCAAAACAGAGGCCGGCGUGCUCACCGAGGCAUGGUGGUCCACUUUGACCUGA